UUGUUUGUCAUUGUGGUACAGAAUGAGAAGCAUGUAGAAUGGAGAUGGUUAGUGGGUGAGUCAGAUAAGCCUCAAUUCAACUCUAAGUCUAAAGGGAGAGGUUUCGAAUCGGAUUAUGAACCCAUGAUUUCUUCUUCCACUUUCCUCCAUUCACGCCCUUUCUUCAAAUUCAACCCAUCACCUCUUAAACUUCCUUUCUCUGUAAUUGGAUUCAAACCCUACCAUACCAAGCCCAAUUUCAGAAACACGCAAAGGUGCAGAGCACUCUUCUCCGACGAUGCUCCCUUUGCUGCCGCAAUCGGCGCUUGCAUGUUCACUUCUUUGCUUUUUCCAGUGUCUGCUUCCCCUCAGGAAGACGAUGCUGACUCCACCGUCGACUCAACCGAUACAAGACUCGUCGUCAUGGGAAUCCUUAGUUUCAUCCCUUAUUUCAAUUGGCUGAGUUGGGUCUUCGCGUGGCUAGAUACCGGGAAACGACGUUAUGCUGUUUACGCAAUUGUUUAUUUGGCUCCUUAUCUCAGGUCAAAUCUAUCGUUGUCUCCUGAAGAAAGUUGGCUGCCUAUUGCUAGCAUUCUGUUCUGCAUAGUUCACAUUCAGCUGGAAGCAAGCAUUAGAAAUGGAGAUAUCGAGGGGUUUCAACUAUUCAGGAAUGUUUCAGAUAAGCUAUCAUCAAGUGAUAGGAAGAAAGACCAUUUGAAUCAGCAUCAAGAAAUGUCUGAGGAGGGAAGCAAGAAAGGAAAAAAGAAGUUGCCACAGGACCAACAACAAUCAAGAAAUAUUGGGGACUGGGAAGAUUCUCAAAGGCCUUUACAGUACCGUCAGCACUUGAAUGAAAACAUAGAUGAUGAUGAUGAUGAUGAAGAAGAAAGAAACAAGCACUAAACUUCGGGAUAUUUGCAUUUACAGAUCAUCAAUUAAACUUAGAAGAUUAACACAAGUUUCAUGCCAGAUGCUGGUACCAUUGAUCUGUUUUUAAAAGUUUUGGGACGUUUUAAUAAAAGUAUACUGUUGGCUUCAUGUUCCUCAGUUACUAUCUUACGAUCAUGGAUUGUUUUUCAGUCUUGCUGUUUAGUUCAUACUUAUUACUAGACGAUAUUGAAGGUGCCAUUUUCAUUUUUUACUAGCCGAAAUUGAAGGUUCGUUUUCAUUCGCCAAAAAAUGACAACAAGGCUGAUAAACAGUUACAUAUAAUGUGACGAAUACUAAAUAGUAUCUGAGACAUUAUACGCUUUGGAAAAGUCGUGCUCCCUUGUACUACUACCACUACUACAUUAUUGGCUGCUAUAAUUGGAUGUGUGUACAUUAGUUAGGACUUAGGACUACCAAGAUAAACUGAAAAAUCAAAUCAAAAUAAUUAAGUAAAUUCGAUUUGGUUUGUUUGUUCAGGUCCAAAUUAAAACUACUAAUAAAACUCAAUCAUUAUUAAUUAGGGAGGGUAUUGAUUUAAAAU